ACUCUAAAACUCCUCAGCGUCUGAUCAUGAAGUCUCUGCUAAUGCUGCUGUUUUUCUGUAACACAUCAUCUCCAGCAAAAUACACCCUGAGGGUUGAUUAUGUGCUUUCCACCCCGGGUGUCCAAGAUUAUUUGGUGGCUGAAGAUGUUCAGGGAGUUACAACGUUUUAUUAUGACAACCUGAUGGCAACAGCCAAAGUCACACAUGACUGGAUCAAAGAAGUGAUAAAGGAUGAUCCAAUCGAGUGGGGGACGUUCAUCCAGAAGUGCCUGAAUUACAGGCCGGUUUUAGAAGCUGAAACCAACAGUUUUAACCAGAACCCAAACCAAACAGAAGGUGAUCACGUCAUCCAGCAGAUUGUCGGCUGUGAAUUGGAUGAUAAAACUGAUAACCUUGAUGGUUUUAUAGUGUAUGGUAAUAAUGGAGAAGACUUCAUUAGCUUUGACAUGAACGCAAACAUGUGGAUCGCCUCAAAACCGCAAGCUGAGAGAAUUAAACUGAAGUGGGAUGAAAAUAAAGUCCAUAUUGAGGAUUGUAAGACUUUCCUCACAACAGUUUGCCCCAUGCGAUUGAACAGCUUAUUGACUUUUGGGAAGAGGUAUCUGGAUAGAAAAGAGCUCCCUUCAGUGUCUCUCCUCCAGAAGACGCCCUCCUCUCCAGUCAGUUGUCACGCCACAGGUUUCUACCCUGACGAGGGCCUGAUCUUCUGGAGGAAGGAUGGAGAGGAGAUCCAUGAAGGUGUAGAGCACGGAAACAUCCUUCCCAACCAGGAUGAAUCCUUCCAGAUGAGUGUUGACCUGAACGUUUCAUCAAUCCCAUCUGAAGACUGGAUGAGGUACGACUGCAUGUUUGAGCUGUCUGGGGUUGAAAAUGUCAUCAUCAUCAAACUGGACAAAAAUGUGAUUGAGAGCAACUACAAGGAACCUGGAAAAGAAGUGAAUCUGUCUGAGAUUAGCAUCAUCGUCACUGCUGUGAUGGCCAUUCUUAUCGUGAUCGUCCUCGCUGUUUUAGGAUUUUUGACUCUCAGAAAUAGGACGGAAAACGUGAGACCUGAUACACCAUCUUCUGACACCGCCUCUCUCUAAACGACUCGAUCCAGAAACCAAACCUGCAUGAAGCACCAAUGUUGCAUAUACUCACGCCCGCCGAUAGGGGGGGACAAACGGGUCUGUUGUCCCGGGCCCAGGGUAGGGGGGGCAAAGACCGGGAAAAAAAAAUAAAAUAAAUAAAUAAAAAAAUUCUCAUUAAAUUAUGGAAUUAUUUUUCAAAAUGUUUCAAAAUAUGCCUAUUUGUGGAAAAAAAUAUGUAGUAUUUGAGUUACAUAAAAGCUUGUUAUUUGUUUUCUUCCUAAUUGUCCUUGUGGUCAAGAACCCCCAACACAAAAAUGGUUUGGCCGCUGAUCAAAAUUUGAUGUUAUCAUUUAAUUCAACCAUUAGAAUGGUCAAAAUGUCCGGUCAGCACAAGUCCGGUGCUCAGAAAAGAAGAGAAAAGAGAAGAAGAGAAGAAGAAAAUAGAGGCCUCAGAGAUUCUCUACACAAAUAUUUUAAAAAGGUGGUGACGGUGAAGCUGGAAUUAAUAAAGUCAGCGUAGAGCAAGGUAAGAAACAGCGGAGCCAACGUUUACCAACCUUGUAACUUAACCUAACUGGCUAGCUCUAAUGUUAACGUCCAUUAGCUUGUAUAAAAACCUGAAGAGCAGAGGGAGAGGAGAGGAAGAGGGAGAAGGAGAGAUCCGGGUGCAGGGGGGCCCAAGACUGUCAGCUGGCCUGCAUAUACUAUCUGUAAAAAAAUACUUUUAGAAAGUAGAAAAGUGACUUGUUUAUGUGACUUGUUUAUAAAAUGAAUAAGUAAGAUAACAUAGACUGAGCCUUUUUAGCUAAUUUGUUAAAAAAUAGCUAAUUUGUAAAAAAAUGGUAAAAGGUUGGAAGAGCUUUUUCUAUUGUUCCAGAAGGUUUAUUCCUCUUUUAUUAACUUGUAUUUAUAUAUAUUACUGUAAGUUUCACUGUAUUGGUUCUUUUAAUUGAACCACAACAAAGAUCUUUUUGUUGAUUUACAAUGUUACACACAAGAAUCACUCAUAAAAGUUUUGAUUCAGCUGUA